GAACACCCGGCGGGGCUGCAGCUCCGGCCGCCCCGAGCGGUGCUCCCUGCCCGGUGCCGGUUCCCGAUCCGGGAUCCAGCACCAGGAGCGCGGCGGCGGCGGCGGGGUUGGGGAAGGGUGGCGGGGGGAGCAGCGCACGCAACUUUGGGGAGAGGAGCGGCUCUGCCGGCCCGGUGCUUCCCCGGUUCCCAGUGCCCCCCGGUUCCCGGUACCGGCCCCGCCAUGCCCUCCGCUUACCCACAGCGGGCCCUGACGGUGCUGCUGCUUUUCGGGACUCUGGCCGCCGCCAUGGCCCUGCUCGCCUCCAGCCUCAUCUUCCAGCUGCCGUCGGGGCGGGCCGGUGCCGGUGCCGGUCCCGGUGCCGGUCGAGGGGCUCUGCCGGAGCCGGCGGCCGCCGUGCUGCUGCCGGUAUCGGCCGUGCUGGCCGCGCUCUGCCUGGUGCUCAACGUGAGCUGCCUCCUCCUCUGCCUCCUCCACGGCUACUUCAGCACCGAGCUGUGCCGGGGGCAGCCCGGGCCCGACCGGGCAGACUGGUUCCUCCUGGACAGCCGGACGGUUCGCCACGCUGCCAUCGGCUUGUUCUGCUGCGGGGUCUCAGUCUACCUAACAGCUCUUGCCAUCUACAUGCUGCUGCUCUUUGAACUGGAGGCCGGCAUCGCCAGCGCUUGUAUCCUCUCCUCCGGCAUCAUCGUCCUGCUGAUCACAGUGACGCACGCCCUGGUUCGGGCUUCCCAGGUUUCACGCCGCAGCCGCUCCGAGGUGUCUCACACCCUGUACGAGAACGAUUCUGCCCAGCAUGGCGAAUCCUCCACCAGCGAUCUGAACAACAGGAAUGUGGCUGCGCCCCGGCCCCGGCCUGAGAUCCACCGGGAAUUUUCCUUCCCUCCUUUCCUGGAGCGCAAGUCUCAGCUGGGCUCUCCGGCCAGCAGCAACCUCACCUCGUCGGGCAGCCCCGGGCUUCGCUCCGAGAAGGAGAGCUACAACCCACCCCGAACGCACAGGACGCUGUCGGCAGAGUCAGGCCUGCUGCAGGCACAGGGCAAACCCUGGAACGGCGUCACGCAGGAGAUGAAGAAUGUGCUGUCACGCAAUCCUGGAGCCUCGGGCAAAGACUCGACUCUGGUGUGAGUGGAAGUGGGACCUCCUCACCCUGUCUCGUCCCAGGGGAGCUGCAAGCACCAGGGCCAAGAUUUGCAUCUCUAUUUAGAGCUUAAUCUAGGUCAUGUCUCCCCAGAGCAGGGGGGUGGCUGCUCUUCCAUCCUCUUACCCGGGAGGGGUCUAUGCAGCCACCUCCUGAUGCUCUUUGCUCCUUUUACUGAGAAGAUGCCACUUCCACUCAAAGCCAAAAGCCCUUGGCCGCCUGCCCUGAGCCACCAGCCCCUCCUGCCACCUGCAACGCUGCUGGCACUUGCCACCAAACUAGGAUGGUGUUGGCAGGGCAGCGGCUGGCAUAGACCCAUGCAGGACCCCCGCAGCUGUCCCAGCUGCAGCCAAGGAAGAGGAACGCGUGGCUGAGAAGAACCAAGCGGACCUUGUCCAUGAGCAGACCCAGCCUCCUUCUCCAGCAGAUCCCAGCCUCCUUCUCCAGCAGAUCCCAGCCGAUUUCUCCAGCUGGCUGCACCUCCCUGCAAUCCCCCUGCCUCCUUCCUUCCUCCUCCAUCCCCAGGAGCCAGCGCUACACCGAGACCGUCCCCACAACCGACCCAGCACGGUUUCCCCUCAGCGCGCAGCCAGGCAGGCGUAAAACUGCGGGAGGUGAUGGAGGAGCAACAAGCGAGAUGGAACCAGAGGAGCCUGCAGGCUGCAGAGGGUGGGGUUCGGGGUGGCAGGGAGCCUGCUGCUUGGGCACCAGCACAUCCCCGCUCUGAGCAGCGAGCGGUUUGCUAAGCAGGUCACCCAACAGCUCUCAGCAGGGAUGGGGUGGUGCCAGAGCAGCCCCAGUGCCCAGCGGUGGAGGGACUUCCCUGGGGAUUACCUGGGUGCCACCAGACGAGCGCCGAUUGUUGAGGCUGAGGUCCGGGAUGGGGUUUGCAUUGGCACUGCCAGUCCUCUGCUGCAAGCAGGGCAGAAAGUGCAAGUACUAAAGGCAGCAGCUGUUUCCGUGAAGCACGAGCAGGUUUAGCUCGUGCUUGUCCCCCUACUCGCAGCCCCAUGCUCUGCCAGCCCUGCCCAGGCCCAGAGCAGCAGCACGCUUGGUUCUUCCCCAACUCCUUAUCGUUCGGCAAUCAGUAAAGCAUUUCUGCCUUACUGUGGUGUAAAGCAUGAAGGGAGGCCACCGAUUCAAACCGAUUUCCUCUCACCUCCCGUGCUAUUAUCCUGAAAGAUACCUGUUAUCCUGAGCACAAUAUGAUUUCUUUGGAAACUGAGUUUAGCACUGCUUUGAUCCCCGCAUCCUUGGUAAAUUCUUCAGCAGAAGAGAACUGUUGGUUCCAGGAGAGAUUAACAUUAAAGUUGCAUCAUUUCUGAAGUGACCUCCGAAGCUGUGCAUACAGCUCUGCUUCCCACUGCUUGACAGGGGAUGAAGAAAGUCCUUUUUUUGUUGUUUUUUUUGAAGAACAGGACAGUUCCUUUUUUCACUUGAAAGGCUCAAAACUCUGCAUGUCUUUGUU